AUGAGCGCAACAACAGAAGUCCCCGAAUUCACGAUCGAGCAAGUGGCUGAGCACAAUCGCGAAGAUGACUUGUGGAUCAUAAUCCACGGUGAAGUGUACGAUGUCACAAAAUACGUGCGUGAUCAUCCCGGUGGAGACGAUAUCUUGAUUGAGAUCGGUGGAACGGAUGGCACUGUCGAAUUCGACGCGGCAGGACAUUCGGACGACGCAUGGGAUAUCACAAAAAGCCUCCUCGUCGGUAAAUUGAAGAAAGGCGAAACCCAGAAGUUCAAAAGACCCGAGACAGGACGUUUGAUAGCUGCAGCUCCUGCUGCACCGAUACCCCCAAAGCCCAAGCAGACUGGUGGUUCUUCGCGAGCUCUUACUACUUUGUCUCUUGGUCUCGGCUCUUCGCUCGCAGCUUUCGGCCUUUGGUGGUAUACGAAGCAAAUCGAUCUCACUACCCUGCCCAAGUCGGUGAGCUUCGCAAAUACAGAAUUCUUCCGACAGGCCAUUGCCGCCGUCAAGCGCAAGGAGUUCGGCUUCACUGAUGGUAUCAUCGUCGCAUCCACUGCGUUUUCGCUCACGCUAGGCGCAGCUGUUCAACGCCUCGGAUACAUCUUACAGUAUUACACCUCACACAAGGCACACAUGAAAAUCCCUAGAUUGCCGAAACGAAACGUGCUGAAUGGCCGCGGCUGGUUGGAUCCUACUACUUUCCAGAAGCUGCCUCUCGUCAAGAAGGAGGUUUUGUCUGCUGACUCCUACCGCUUCGUUUUUGCGCUCCCCCGCAAGGAUAUGAUAGCCGGUUUGCCUAUUGGCCAGCAUGUCUCCAUUCGCGGCCUCGUUGACGGCAAGCUCGUUCAACGGUCUUAUACCCCGAUCUCUAACAACGCCGACCGCGGUGUUCUCGAAUUAGUUAUCAAGGUAUAUCCCAAUGGUGCCCUCACAAACGGUUACUUUGGCAAACUCGAGGUUGGCGACAAGGUUGAGUUCCGUGGUCCCAAAGGCGGUAUUCGUUACGUUCCUGGAAUGUGCAAGAAGAUUGGCAUGGUUGCCGGUGGCACUGGUAUCACACCAAUGUACCAGCUCAUUCGCGCCAUUUGCGAGAACCCACGCGAUACCACUGAGGUCAGCCUCAUCUAUGCCAACCGUUCAGAGAGCGACAUCUUGCUCCGUCAAGAGCUGGACAACUUUGCUCGCAAAUACCCAGAGAACAUCAAGAUUUACUAUGUACUGGAGCAGACGCCCGCUGGCUGGCAGGGUGGUAGUGGAUAUGUGACCAAAGACAUGAUUGAGGACCGAUUCCCUGUACCUUCGGCAUCAACAAAGAUCUUUUUGUGUGGACCACCACCCAUGAUUGAUAGCGUUAAGAAGUCUCUUGGAUCUCUUGGUUUCAAGCAACCGAAUGCUAUUGCGAAGCCUGGUGAUGAUGUCCUUCUCUUCUAG